AUGGUUUCUUUCGAACCAUACUCACCUGAUCUCUUAUGGAUAUUGAUUAUUGGCUUUAUUAUUGCAUUUGUAUUAGCCUUUGGCAUUGGUGCUAAUGAUGUUGCUAACUCAUUUGGUACUAGUGUUGGAAGUAAAGUAUUAACAUUGCGACAAGCAUGUAUUCUUGCAACAAUAUUUGAAAUACUUGGAUCAAUAUUAAUUGGAGCAAAAGUGUCCGACACGAUACGGAAAGGUAUUAUAGAUCCACUGUUGUUUGAAAAUCCAAAGGAAUUAAUGCUUGGCCAAAUUUCAUCAUUACUUGGUUGUUGCAUUUGGUUAUUGGUUGCAACAUUUUUUAAUUUACCUGUCUCUGGUACACAUAGUAUUGUUGGUGCAACAGUUGGUUUUGCUCUUGUUGCUCAUGGCUCUCGAGGUAUAAGAUGGAUCGAAUUUGCUAAAAUUGGUGCCUCAUGGUUUGUUUCACCCGCCCUAGCUGGUAUUAUAUCAAUUGCUGUUUUUAUGCUUAUACGAAAAUUUAUUCUUGAAUCAACUGAUCAAUUACGAAUUGGUCUUCGUUGGUUACCAGUUUUCUAUUCUGUAACAAUAAUGAUCAAUGUCUUUUCAAUUCUUCUCUCUGCACCACCACUUCUAUAUUUUGAUCGUAUCCCAUUGUGGGGAAAAUUUAUUACAACUAUUCUUGUUGGUCUUGCUGUUGGUAUUUCUGUUAUGGUUUUCGUUAAACCACGUAUGAGACAUACUAUUGAAGAAAUCUUAAAAAAGAAACUUGAUUUGGACAGUCGAGGAGGAAGCGGAGGAGAAAGAGAUGGAGAAGAACAACCAAAAUUAACAGGAACUGAAGGAAGAUUUGAAACAUAUACCGUCACUCGUCUUGAAAACGUGAAUACAGUUGAUAAAGAAACUCAAAUUGAUCAUAUAUCAAUGCUUAAAGAAUAUGAUUUGAUACGUUAUCAACAGCAGCAUCCCGAUCAAUUCCGUCCCUAUGUUGAAAUGCAACGUAUAAGAAAAGAUUCUGAAACAAUCUCCAGUCCGGGUGUAAGUGGUGCAUUACGUGUACGCCGUGAGAGUGAUCGUUAUCGUAAUGACCCUCUUGGCUUAGAUUGUACAAAUCCUAGUGUACAACAACGAACUGUUCCUAAUCCACCGGUUAUUCGUGAAAGAACAAAAAUCUAUCGUCUUCCACAAUCUACAAAUCCUGUUGGUUUACCAGGCACAAUGUCUAAUGAAAAUAAAAGUUUGUUGUUAGCUGCUGUAUUUAUGCCCCAUGACGACAAUGUAUCGACAACGUCAGGUAAUCAAAAUAGUUCAACUGGAGAUUUAGAUGAAAUAGAAGAUAAAAUGCCUGAAAUAUCAGAAAAAAAAAAAAUAGUAGAUACAAGCAAUGAUUCCAUUGAAAUUGCUGGAAUUUUUAAAUACUUACAGAUUCUUACAGCUAUAUUUGGUGCUUUUGCCCAUGGUGGAAAUGAUGUUAGGCAUGUUUUUUUUUUGAAAUACAAAAUCAGAACUAUUGAAAUUCAGCUUCGUUUUUUCUUGCAUGAUUAUUCUAUUUCUAUUUCUUAUAGUAAUGCAAUUGGACCAUUGAUUGGUCUUUGGCUAAUCUAUGUUGAUGGUUCUGUUGCGGCUCGAUCAAAUACUCCACUUUGGGUACUUUUCUAUGGUGGCCUUGGAAUAUCUGUUGGUCUUUGGGUUUGGGGUCGUCGCGUUAUUCGUACAAUUGGUGAAGAUUUGACAAAAAUAACACCGUCAAGCGGUUUUGUUAUUGAAAUAUCAACGGCAUUUACUGUACUUGUUGCAUCUAAUUUAUCAAUUCCAAUCAGUACAACUCAUUGUAAAGUUGGUAGUGUGGUAGCAAUCGGUCGUUUUCGUUCAAAACAAAAUGUUGACUGGUCAUUGUUUCGGAAUAUAAUUGUUGCAUGGAUUGUAACUGUGCCAGUCACGGGUGGCAUAUCUGCUGGCGUUAUGGCUCUUCUUCGUCUUAUAUUUCUAUGA